GCACAACGUACAAUCCCCCAAAGUUUCCCUUUUAACCAUUGAAAUGUCGAUAAUUACGAACACGACCCUCAAUGUGGCGAAACCGAAACCCUAAAUCUAAUUUUCUUCAAUCCCCCGUCUCCUCCGGUCUUCUCCCCCAAUCUCCAUCUUCAAACACAGUCAAAUUGUAGAGUCAUCUCUUUCUCGCGGUGGAUGAUUUCAGUGGCCGAGCAUGGCGGCAGAGAGUUCUUCAUCGGCGCCUAGAUCUGGUGCAUCGCCCGAUUCCUACAUUGGCAGUCUGAUUAGCUUGACGUCGAAGAGCGAGAUCAGAUACGAAGGUGUUCUGUACAACAUCAACACCGAUGAGUCCAGUAUCGGCCUACGCAACGUUAGAUCAUUUGGAACAGAAGGGAGGAAAAAAGAUGGUCCUCAAGUUCUUGCAAGUGACAAAGUUUAUGAAUAUAUACUAUUUCGGGGAAGUGAUAUCAAGGAUUUACAAGUGAAGGCUUCUCCGCCUGUUCAGAGUACACCGCAAAUAAACAAUGAUCCAGCUAUUAUUCAGUCUCAUUAUCCUCGUCCACCUACCACAUCUUCAAGCUUGCUUCCAGUUUCCAGUGCUCCGGUGGUGGAUCCUAAUUCUCAUUCAUCACAACUGGGACAUCCUGGACCAGCAUCUCAAGGUGCUCUACCUUUGUAUCAACCUGGAGGGAAUUUAGGCUCUUGGGGGCCAUCACAUCCACCCCAAAAUGCAAGUGGUAGUGGACUUGCUAUGCCAAUGUAUUGGCCGGGGUUUUAUGGUACCCCAAAUGGUCUACCCCAAUUGCCCCAACAGUCACUGCUUCGUCCCCCACCUGGACUGUCGAUGCCUCCUUCCAUGCCACAGAUGCAGUAUUCUCCUUUCAACUCAUCUAUGCCAACUGGAGGAUUGAGUCUACCAGGGUCAAACUUGCCUGAAUACCCUCCUCCAUUGAUUCCAAACACUGCUAGUCUAACCUCAUCUUCUUUACCUGCUUCAUCUUUACCCUCAAGUGCGCAACCACCCCAACCUACACCAGCAUUGCCUUCAAGUGCACUACCUCUCCAACCUGCACCAGCCUUGCCUUCAAAUGUGCUGCCCCUCCAACCUGCUCCAGCUUUGCCUUCAAGUGUCCUGCCGCUGCAACAUUUGGCACCUAGUUCUGAAACAGUAUCCAGUAAUUUGUCAAACAAGACUUCACUGACUGCUGUCUCCACGGCAACAUUUAGUUCCACUUUGCCAGCAUUACCUCCUACUACUACAAACCCUGGUGCAACUGCUGUUGUACCUCAUAUCACUAAUAUACCGAAUCCUUUACCAGGUCCGUCUCAAUCUAAAAUUGCUGUUGGAGCAUUGAAUACUGGUCCAGUGGAGACAUCCACACCUUCAUUAUUAACUCCAGGGCAUCUACUGCAAUCUGGACCUGCUACUGUCUUACCAACUCAAUCAGUACAGACAGUUCAGAAGGAUGUUGAGGUGGUUCAAGUGUCACCAUCACAGUCAUCAGAACAGUCAGCAACUGUUAAAUCAGAAACUCAGCCACCAAUAUUGCCAACACCUCAACAAACUUAUGCACAAAGGCCAAAUGGAGCUCCAUUUCAGAUGCGCCACAACAACUACAGAGGGCGUGGAGGAAGAGGAACUGGGAUUUCUAGACCAGUGACAAAUUUUACGGAGGAGUUUGAUUUUAUGGCAAUGAAUGAGAAAUUUAACAAAGAUGAAGUUUGGGGUCAUCUUGGCAAGAGUUCUAAGUCUGAUUCAAGGGACAAAGAAGGGAAUGUAAAUGGCAAUGAUGAAAAUAAUUAUUACGAACAAGAAGAUGCUGGCCAUCCUAGGGUUGAGGUCAAGCCAAUUUAUAACAAGGAUGACUUUUUUGAUUCCUUGUCUUCUAAUGCAUUGGAUAAUCAAUCAAAUCAAGUAAGGCCAAGGUUUUCCGAGCAGAGGAAGAUUGAUGCCGAGACAUUUGGAGGAGAGUACACAAGAUAUAGGGGUGGUCGUGGCCGUGGCCCUGGUCCUUAUCGUGGUGGCCGAUCUCGAGGUUAUUAUGGAGGAUAUGGCGGAAGAGGAUAUGGCUAUGGUGGUAGAGGCCGUGGUCGUGGCUCUUCCGACUAGAGUGCGUAUAUGUGGUAUAUUUGCAUAAGUUUGUACGAGAGCAUUGUGCGUGGUAAAAAAGUUUGGCUUAAAGCAAAAGUUGUGUUCUUCUCCCUUGAGGAUUGGCAAUGUUUAGAGUAUUUCCAUUGUUGUUUUUGCAUUUUAGUUUUUCUGUAAUCUGAGGAAUAAAACUAGGUUGUAGGGAGGAUGGUUGGGAUCCGUGGUUCCAUAUUUUCGUUUCUCUUCUUUCCCUCAAUGAAGCUUUCAUCAAGCGAUUGGUCAUA